CACAAAAAACUAUCUAGUACUGGUACAGGUACACAUCAACACUCAUCCCCAAAAUUUUCGAAAUUCUCCGAAACUAAACAACAAAAAAAGGGUCUUCAAUUUGGCACUACCGAGGAACGUUUAUACUGCAAAUCUAUAACAAAAGAAAGGAAUUGAGAAUGAAUCAGCACCAAGGCGAUCAAACUAAAGCUCCCUCAUCAGACUCAAACCAACAACCGCUUCACUCAUCGGAUUACGCUCCCUACCCUAAACUUGAUCCAAACGACGUCGCUCCACCUCCACACAAUUGGACGAACGUUUCCGUUGGCCCAGCACCUAUCAACGAGACUGCCGCCACCGCUAUGCCGCCGGAGUCCAAUCCCUACGUGUCUCCCUCUCCGGUUCCUGCGUCCUCCACCAAGAAUAAGAUGGAUUCGGUGAAGGAUGCGUUAGGAAAAUUUGGGAAGAAGGCUGUGGAGGCCACGAAGAAGGCUGAGGAUCUUGCUGGGAAUAUGUGGCAACACUUGAAAACAGGUCCAAGUUUUGCUGAUGCUGCUGUGGGAAGAAUUGCACAGGGAACAAAAGUUCUUGCAGAAGGUGGAUAUGAGAAGAUUUUUCGUCAAAGUUUUGAGACUGUUCCUGAGGAACAACUUCUAAAGACAUAUGCAUGCUACCUAUCAACAUCUUCUGGUCCAGUAAUGGGAGUUUUAUAUUUGUCCACUGCAAAGCUUGCAUUCUGUAGUGACAAUCCUUUGUCUUAUAAAGUUGGUGAGCAGACUCAAUGGAGCUAUUAUAAGGUAGUUCUUCCCUUAAAUCAGCUGAAGGCAAUCAAUCCCUCAACAAGCAAAGUCAAACCUGGUGAGAAGUACAUCCAGGUUAUCUCUAUUGACAACCACGAGUUUUGGUUCAUGGGUUUUGUGAACUACGAUAGUGCUGUGAAAAAUCUUCAGGGAGCAUUGGAGUCUCGUGGCUAACGACUUGCUGAGGCCAAAACUUUUUACCAUGCAUUAUUUAGUCCAUCAUGUGGCCAGCCAUUAAUGUAGAUAAAACAUGCCAUUCAGACUCUGCUUAGAUAUAUAGUGUAUGUUGCAUUUGUUUGUGAAGUCACUUUGAUAUAUGCUGCGUGUUGAAAUGAAAUUCAUUCAUUGUAAUCAUGUACCUUUUUAAUGUAUUUGGAUUGGUGAAAAACUAUAGAUUGUGCCCUUUGCUUCAUUUUA